GUUACAUAUUUUAAAGUAUAAAAGCCUCUUAUAUCCAUUUUAAUAUUCAUUUAAUUUUCAUUCUGUGAUAACAACAUAGUAAUACAAAACAAAUAUAAUAAAAUGGCCAUCAAAUUCGUCAUUUUCUGCGCAUCGGCAUUCUUAGUUCAGGUUAUAGCCGGACAAAGUAUCUACACACCAAACUGCGAGUGCCGAUCUAUCACGUUAUCGGAGACUGGCGGGCCUCUGGCGAUAACCAGCCUCGGCCCCAUCACGCCGUCCGGCAUCGCCGUGGCCACGGACCUGGGGCUGGCCGGGGAGCUGGAGCUGUCGGGCGCGCUGCCGUACCUGAGCGCCGUGGCGUUCGAGGGCACGUUCGACACCAACGGCACGGCACCGGUGGCGUACGGCUGCGGGGACGCCGUCGCCAUCACGCAGGAGCUCGGCAACCCCAGCGCCGCCACCGCCGCCCCUGGCUAUACCAGCACUCCUAUCAACACCUGUGCUAGACGUUCUUAAUAGAACAUCCCAGUUUUAUUUAUUAAUAAAUAUUAAGAAAUAUA